CUUACACUCGGCAAGGGAUCACAGAAUUACUGAGAGUCAAGAGUCUCCUCUCUCCUAAGCGCUCCCAGGAGUUAACAGCUCCCGCUCGGCGCUGGGCUCCGCCUCUCUCUCCUCUCCGAGGUCCUGGCGGGCUUCUCCUGGAGGGGGCGGCCUCAGCAGCCACGCUCGGCCGGGCGGAGCUCUGGCCCGGGCGGAGCUGCGGCUGCAGCGUCCAGCGGCCGGACCGAAGCCCGGCUGUGCAGCCUGCGGGAGCGGCGCGAGCCCCUUCCGCACCGGGGCCCACACCCCCGCGACUCUGCAGCACAUGGUGAUGAGUUUCCGAGUGUCUGAGCUCCAGGUGCUCCUUGGCUUCGCCGGCCGGAACAAGAGUGGACGGAAGCACGAGCUCCUGGCCAAGGCCCUGCACCUCCUCAAGUCCAGCUGUGCCCCCAGCGUCCAGAUGAAGAUCAAAGAGCUUUACCGACGCCGCUUUCCCCGGAAGAGCCUGGGGCCCUCUGAUUUCCCGCUGCUGUCCUUGCCCCCUGGCGCCUCUCCUGUAGGCUCCCCCGGCUCUCUACCUCCCAUACCUCCCUCCCUUCUAACUCCUGGCACCUUGCUGGGCCCUAAGCGGGAGGUGGACCUGCACCCUCCUCUGCCCCAGCCUGUGCACCCCGAUGUCACCAUGAAACCGCUGCCCUUCUAUGAAGUCUAUGGGGAGCUCAUCCGGCCCACCACCCUCGCGUCCACCUCCAGCCAGAGGUUUGAGGAAGCACACUUUACCUUUGCGCUCACCCCGCAGCAGGUGCAGCAGAUCCUCACGUCCAGGGAGGUUCUGCCGGGAGCCAAGUGCGAUUAUACUAUACAGGUGCAGCUAAGGUUCUGUCUCUGUGAGACCAGCUGCCCGCAGGAGGACUAUUUCCCCCCUAACCUCUUUGUCAAGGUUAAUGGGAAACUCUGCCCCCUGCCGGGUUACCUCCCCCCAACCAAGAAUGGAGCUGAGCCCAAGAGGCCCAGCCGUCCAAUCAACAUCACAUCCCUGGCUCGGCUCUCAGCCACGGUUCCCAACACCAUUGUGGUUAAUUGGUCAUCUGAGUUUGGACGGAAUUACUCCUUGUCUGUGUACCUGGUGAGGCAGCUGACUGCAGGGACCCUUCUACAGAAACUCAGAGCGAAGGGCAUCCGGAAUCCAGACCAUUCCCGGGCACUGAUCAAGGAGAAACUGACUGCUGACCCUGACAGUGAGGUGGCUACUACGAGUCUCCGGGUGUCACUCAUGUGCCCGCUAGGAAAGAUGCGCCUGACUGUCCCAUGCCGCGCCCUUACCUGUGCCCACCUGCAAAGCUUCGAUGCCGCCCUUUAUCUACAGAUGAAUGAGAAGAAGCCAACCUGGACAUGUCCUGUGUGCGAUAAGAAGGCUCCCUAUGAAUCCCUUAUUAUCGACGGUUUAUUCAUGGAAAUUCUUAAUUCCUGUUCGGAUUGUGAUGAGAUCCAGUUCAUGGAAGAUGGAUCCUGGUGUCCAAUGAAACCUAAGAAGGAGGCAUCUGAGGUUUGCCCCCCGCCAGGGUAUGGGCUGGAUGGCCUCCAGUAUAGCCCAGUCCAGGAGGGGAAUCCAUCAGAGAAUAAGAAGAGAGUUGAAGUUAUUGACUUGACAAUGGAAAGCUCCUCAGAUGAGGAAGAUCUGCCCCCGACCAAGAAGCACUGUCCUGUCACCUCUGCCGCCAUCCCCGCCCUUCCUGGAGGCAAAGGAGUCCUGACAUCUGGUCACCAGCCAUCUUCGGUGCUGCGGAGCCCUGCGAUGGGGACCCUGGGCAGUGAUUUCCUGUCCAGCCUCCCACUACAUGAGUACCCACCUGCCUUCCCACUGGGGGCUGAUAUCCAAGGUUUAGAUUUAUUUUCUUUUCUUCAGACUGAGAGUCAGCACUAUGGCCCUUCCGUCAUCACCUCGCUAGAUGAACAGGACACCCUCGGCCACUUCUUCCAGUACCGGGGAACCCCUUCCCACUUCCUGGGCCCACUGGCCCCCACACUGGGGAGCUCUCACCGCAGCACCACUCCAGCGCCCCCUCCUGGCCGUGUCAGCAGCAUUGUGGCUCCCGGGAGUUCCUUGAGGGAAGGGCACGGUGGACCCUUGCCUUCAGGUCCCUCUUUGACUGGCUGUCGGUCAGAUGUCAUUUCCUUGGAUUGAGUUACUUGGAUUACGAAACCUUCUCUGCCCCCCAGCACUGAGCAGGUGUGCUGUGGGUUCCCAACCCCUGGCUACCCUGAUCCCUCAGGGGUCUUUGGCCAGAGGCCAGACCAGGCCUUCAAGGAUACCUACUUUUGGUCUUAUCUCUGCUUAAUAAGGCCGGUACUCAAAGGGUUAACAUUUAACCUGUUUUAAAGGGUGUUGGGGUCUGUUUUUGGAAGUAUUUUGAUGGUUGCACAUUCCUUUGGGUGUGGUGACCUAGGCAGUGGGAGGCAGAUGGAGAGAGAGGAGCUGAAGGAAGAGGGGGAUCCUCAGCCUUUACCAGGUCUACGGCCUCUUGGGGAAAAGGCACUUUGCUGGCCCGCAGGACGCCUUCCCUUCCCAAACUUGUCUGUCUGUCCUUUUCAUGUCCGUUCUGUUCUCUUUGGUCACACCGGUGACAGGCAGAUCUGAGACAUGAGGCUUCAGAGAAGGACAGAGAACUCUAUUUGGGGUUGCAGAUUUCUUUUUUGUACAUAAAUAAGAAAACCCAAAAUUAUCCAAAGAUGACACUCCUGCCUUCUACUUCCCAGUCUGACUUGAGGAGGAAACAAGGCCUUAGUUGCGAUGCCCAGGGCCUCGGACCUGCCUACUACCUGGGUCUCUCUAUUUAUAUAUUUAAGUUCACAGUGUUUCUUAUGCUAAACAACCAAGGGCCUACACUUCUAGUGACCUGUGGUCAGGCCUAGAUCAUUCUGCACCUUUUGUGGGACGUGGGGGCUCUGUGUUCUCCUUCCCAGUACUCAGGCCCUUGUAGGGUCAAGGCCCUAUGUUGUGAUUUUACUUUCUGUUCCCAGAGGUGUAGCAGGGUUCUUGCCUACAAUAAAGGUUGUGAAUGUUCUGUGAUUUCGUA